AUGCCCGUGCUGGCGCCGGCUCGCGGAGAGAGAGCCCGGCUCGAGAGCUUGCUGGGCGAUGUCUGGAGUCGUGAAAUCCUCCCAUUUCCGGGGAUGACGGCACGGGCACGGAGCGAGCAUCUAGUUCGAACGUCGGCCUCGACGGUGAUGAGAAAGCUCAGCGUCGCGAGCAUCACGAGCACGUUUGCGAAGAAAUCGGGCAGCCUGACGCAACGAUCGAAGGCCGCCGACGGCGCCGACGAGGCAUCGAACGGAUCCGGGUGCAGGAGACGGGUCUGGAGAGGCUCGACGGACGAGGCGGAGGUGGUUGACGAGGGUGAGAGGGCGAGUACGGUGAGAAGAACGAAGAAGACGAGAACAGCACGCUGCCUCGGCAUUCAGUCGGCGGCGGCGUCAGGGUCGGACGACAUUGCGCGCGCAGCAAGCACCAGCACGCCUCGGCGAGCCGGUACUGGCAAAGGCAAGAGGGAUGGGGAGGAGUCAAUCGCGUUGCGACCAUCGUCGGCAAAUAGCCUGCGACUGAGCCGGUCGACGAGGAGCGACAAGGGAAAUCGACGACGGAUGGAGAAGGAAAACAAGGCCCUCGAAGCGGAAGAGAAGCUUCCGACCCAAGCUUGGCGAAGCAAGCUCGGCGUGACAAGGAACCAAGGAGGCAACCACAGCUUCAGGAACUUGUUUCGAUAG